AGAAGCACGACCUGGGACAGUACCUCCAGCAUGAAACCUCGUGUUCUGUUGGGCAUCAUAGUGCUCAUAAGACAUCUGUGGAUGUUAUGUGGAGCGGAGGAGUGUGGAGUAGAGAGUGCCAUCUGUGAGACGCCAGCCAAGCCAUCUGGAGCAGUUGGUGUCUUGGCUAAUCCAUCUGCUACUCGGCUACCAGUGAUUGGACCAGCUGUUGCUUUACAUUCACUCUAUCAUAUAGUCGGCGAAGAAAACACAGAGAAGAAUGAGUCAGUGUUGGUGUCGCUAUUGUCAUUCUUGUUGCAGCAGACUUACAGACGUCGUGUAUACAUUAUUUAUGACGACUUCUUCCCAGGAGUAUCAAAGACGGUCAAGUCGUGCUACAAGACCUGGAGUGACAUAACCAUUCUCAAGUAUGACUCGAACCCCACCCAGCUAGAGGAGACGUUCGGAUCGCCUUACCAUGGAGGAGAAACACAGACAGUGGUCACCCUCUGCUCCCCAAACAACACUAAUAAUAUUUUCCGUGUGGUACGUCAACACUCCCUCGAGUCACCCUCCAUCCGCUGGCUGGUCAUUGUGGAGGAUGACAUCAUUAAUAGCCUCCAGGAAUCUCUCAGGGAAGGAACACAGGUGGGUAUGGCAGUGAGAGUCUCAGAUACCCGCUACAGCAUCCACUCCUCUUACAUCCACCCCGACAACACCAUCAGGUUUGAGGUCAUUGGGCUGUGGGAUGACCUGAGGACCUCCAGUGGCUCGAAAGGUCACAUCUUCCAACCCAUGUUCCCUGAUCUAGAUAUCCUGUACUUGGAUUUCAUGGGGCGAGAAAUGACUGUUGCAGCUGUGAGUAAUUGGCCAUGGUUCAAACUCAAGUACUUGGAAGAUGGAACACCUUUACCUGACGCUGGCAUAGACGUCAACGUUAUCACCACACUCAGCCACAAGCUUAACUUUACGAUGCGGGUGGUGGAGCCAGAAGAUCGUGGUUGGGGCGGCCCUAAACCAGACGGACGCAUCACAGGCAUGGUGGGGAUGGUGGCCAGACAUGAAGCUAACUUUGCCAUUAACGAAUUCAGUGUGACAAGAUUGAGGGAGACGGUCGUGGACUUCACUAACCCUUACUACCUCGAGUCCACCACUUUGACCUCUCGAGCACCCAAGGAGAAGAAUCGAGGACUAGCCAUCUUCCAUCCUUUUUCAUAUCAGUUAUGGAUAUUAUUGAUUCUGGUGACUAUUUUCAUGGGCCCUCUAGGCUACCUGGCUACCUGGAGUCAUGACCAUUGCCUGCAGAAGUUGAGGUUACUCGUCCUAGGAGAUGGUACUGUUUGUGUCAAUGAAAACAAAGUAGCGGAAAAUGUGAUUGACAUUUCCUCAAAGGAUGUUUUAGUAGGAGGGAUGUCAUACUCGAACCAGUCGUCCUCGAAGUCAGGGAGGACGUGGAAGGCGGUGAUGGCUACUUAUUCCUUCAACAUGUUCAGGAGUGUUUUGAAUCAAGGGAACUUCAUCUACGCUAAGGCCUGGCCAAUCAGACUGGUUCUUUUCUCCUGGUAUGCCUUCUGUAUUAUUAUGUAUGCGUUGUACUCCGGCACCUUGACGGCCUACCUCACAAAGCCCACCUUUGAGAAACCUAUUGACUCUCUGGAAGAUCUUGAGGAGGCCACUCAAGGCCGCUUGGUCCCUGCCAUUCAACAAGGUACCAGCCUGGAAGAGCUCCUUAAGACUGCGGAGUUUGGAAUCUUCAAGAGACUUUGGGAUACAACUGACCCAUCUAGGAGUUUCCCCUCUGGAGGUAAACAGGCAAUGGAUAUGGUCUUGACUCAUGACAUCGUGUACAUCUCUGCCAAAAUCAACUCGGAAAUCCGCGCCGCACAGAAAGGCAGAAACCACUUCUAUCACGCUCGCCAAACAUUCUUCCCUCAGUCGUACGGUAUAGUGUGCACCAGUGGCGCGCCAUUCAAGAAUAGAUUUGAUUCUGAACUGGGGAAGAUGGUGCAGGCUGGACUAAUAAACAAGUGGAUGAGAGAUGAACUCGAGAAGCUACGGAAAUCAAUGAAAAAUAGGGACGACCAGGCCGAGUCUACCGUGGCAGGAGGAGCUCUCUCUCUCGACCACCUUCAGGGUGCAUUCUUCAUACUGGCCUCCGGGUGUUUUCUGUCAGCUGUGAUAUUCUUCCUUGAAACUACGAAGGGAUGUGUCUCUCGUCCCAGCACAGAGCCGCCAAGGUAAACAACAUUGGUAAUAACUUCUCAUAAUCAGACUGAGUUGAAUAAAUUUAUGCUCUUGGAGACACGUUAACAAAAUACAUGUUCGGGUUUUUUUUCAUUUAUAACAUUAAUUAUUAUCAGUUAGUGGUGGUUCAAUUCCAUCCAUCUAUUGUCUAUCCACUGAACCUUUUCCACCUAUCAAUUGGGAUUUAUAUUUGUAGUAAAUAGAGUGAGUUAGUAUUAUGUAUUACGUAAACUUGUCGCAUUUCAACACACGUUUCCAACAGUAUCAUAACAGACUGGUUCAGAGGAUUUGGAAAUUUCCCAUUAUUGUGAAUUUAUCUGAUUACAUUAACAUUACUUCACUGUAGUUAAUUUGAGAGAGCCACUUGUGUAAUCCUCUCAUUAUUCGGAGUUGUUAUAGUUGGGUUAGGUUAAUUGUAUCAUGUUUUCGUUAAUAAAGUUAUGCUGCAUU